AGUGAGUAAGCAGCACAAGCACACACCAUAAGCCCAGACCAACAGCCAUCUCCGAGAAACGGCGGAUUUCUCCUGCCAACCCAUCCAUCAGCCAUCGCACUACUCCUUCAGUCGUACAGACAGACCACCACAUUUCGAUCUCUCCUCAAUUGCCCCAAACAUAGAUGUGAUUCCCCCAUCUAUACCACGAGAAAUGUCUCUCCCUCGUCUGCGGACUACCGCCAACACCGCUCGCCUCCGACGCAGCACCCACCACUACCACUACCACCACCCCUACACCACAUCAUCGACACCGACAGCCUCACCACGCCUCCCAAUCCAUACCUACACCUGCAGCUACACCCAGCCCCCCAGACCCAACAACAACCACCGUCCCUACACCCAUCCCCAUCCCCAUCUCCACACCCUCACCCAACGAACCGCCUUCUCAACAACCUCCACCCCGCGCGCCUCCGCCCGGGGAGAACCAACUUACUACGAGAUCCUCGACGUGCCGCCCAGCGCCUCCCAAUCCGAGAUUAAAAAACAAUUCUACGCCCUAUCCCUAAAACACCACCCGGACCGCAACCGCAACGACCCGAGCGCCUCCACGCGCUUCGCCCGAAUCUCCUCCGCAUACAACAUCCUCAGCAACGCCACGAAACGCUCAAUCUACGACCACGACCACAACAUCCGCGCGCACGGAUCCUCCACGCACAGCACCGCCAAUCCCGGCCAGCACCCCAUGGGGAGCUACAGCAGCGCGAGCGCCAACCUGCAUACCCAGGGGGCGUCGUAUGCGGGGUCGCGACCCGCGAGCGGCUUGAGUAAACGGCGGGGCACGUUUAAGGGGCCCCCACCGAGUUUUUAUGCGCAUGGCGGGUAUGGGAGUACGGGGCGGAGACAGCCGGGCGCGACUGCUGGUGGGGGUGCUGCUGCAGGGGGAGAGGGAGGAAGGGCGAAGAAGGUGAAUCAGGAGGAGGAUCCGACGGCGUUUAUUGAGCGGAAUAAUGUGUGGCAUUUUAAUGCGAAGGGGCAUUAUAGGACGCAGACGAGGGAGGAUGAGCGGCGGUAUGAGAGGAGGUCCAGGGCCAUGGGCUCGUCGAUUAACGAGCAGUAUAUUGGGACGUCGGUGUCUUAUGUGUUGCGGGUUGUGGUGGUCUGUGGGAUUCUGUUGGGUGCUGGGGCUUUGACGGGGAUGGCUCAGAAUGAUCUGGGGAGUGGGAAGAAAGUGAGUGCGUCGACUCGGCGGAAGGAGAGUUGAUCGAUCACGGGUGUAUAGAUUCUUGAGAUGUGUUUGCGUCUAGGUAGCUGGCCGUUUGGUAUAUAUAGAUAGAUGUUUCGUUUCGCAUGGUUUCGAAGGGUGGGUUCAGCGUGCAUCCGGCAAUGCCUCUAUACCCGCGAUUCUGCUUGGAGUCCACAGUACAUACAAUAGACUGGCUUGAUCUAACAGGGAAAUGUAGGCUUGAUUGAUAUACACUAUCGUUGGUGGGUGUGAUACAUGAUUAUUAACUAGACAUCCAUAUAACAACCCCGCGCCCACUCCCAACUCCCAUCCCGUAUAUGCCAGCAGGUCGCU